GCAGGUGGCUGCUGUGGUUCUACGAAGAAGCGAACUAUUGUGGGUGGCUGGGCAUGGGCUUGGUGGUGUGUUACUGAUGUGCAGCGCCUUUCGUUGAAUGUCAUGACAUUGAAUCCAAUGUGCGAAAAUGUCGAAACAGCACAAGGUGUACCGCUUACUGUUACUGGAGUAGCUCAGUGUAAAAUUAUGAAGUCGACUUCUUACAAGAGUUCGAGUAGUCAACAAGAGGCUGACGAACUGUUGGGCACUGCAAGCGAGCAAUUCCUGGGCAAGAGCGUUAAGGAGAUUAAGCAGACUAUACUACAGACCUUGGAAGGACAUUUGCGCGCUAUAUUGGGAGGUUGA